AUUUCGACCCGCUAGACCCAUCCAUGCAAUUCACACGUCCAGUGCAUUCAGCUAUGCCAUUGAGUUGACUGCGGAAAGACUUGAUUUUGCCAUCGCAUACAACGCGCACAUUGAAUACUAAUUUUUACUUGUGUUGAUUAUUGUUUGCCGCUGAGACUCGGAAGUCGCGGUGGCCGACGCGCCAUUCAAGCUUUCCCUUUCGCUACGCUUUGAUCUCAACAAAGUUUAGAGCGUCUUUUUUGAUGUCUCGCUCAGAAUUGUAAUUAUUUUGGGUCUAUUUUCUGCUUUGAUACCACAUCCAGUUACUUCACGCCACACUCGCAGCCAACAUGUCGCGCGAGCAUACCGCGAACAGUUUCGCGUCAUUCGGCUCGGACUUCGAUCUAGAGCACGAAGCUUUCGCGUCCACUAAAGAAGUCGGCCAUAGUCCCAAGCUUCCAGACAUGAAGGACAGCCUUGGAAAGUCUCGCCACGAAUCUGAUCAUGAGGAAGAACCCGACUACGCCAUUAACUCCUCCAUGUUAGAACGUUACUUCCCCGAGUUCUCGCAGGCGGGUUCAUCGGAGGAAGACGAUCUCCCUGAGGAUGAUGAAUUCUCUGUUGAGGUUGGACGGGGCCCCGCAAAACCCGCGCGUCGUCUAGAUGAUUCGCGAAACUCGUAUAUGAGCAUCGAGAACAGUGUCCGAUCUUCGUCGCCCGCCGUGAGACUCGACUACCCUACCUUUACUCCCCAGAAGCCAGCCACGCGCAACACGUCACGCAGGGCGGCUAGCGAGAAUCUUCGCAAAGAUGCUCAGUUGAGACGGGCCAGUCUCGCUCAAAAAGAAAAUGUCGACCCGCAGACUUCGAGAUCCAAGGCGAGCAGCCAACGGCGGACGCUAUCCGACAUGCAUGCAAAGGUACGCGACUCUUAUGAGGGCUCUUUUCUCGGCGACGAACGACCCCCGGCGGCCACGAACAACGCGCGCACGACACGCUUCGGAAGCCACCAGAUUGCCGACGCCGUGGAAAAAGCGUCGCAGGAAGCAUAUGCUCGAGAAAUCAGAAAAGGAAAGCAACCCGCCAACUCACGACUGGCGUACAUGAGCACGGCUGGGGAUACUGCUACGCAGCAGUCGUUCCUGCUCCCCGAUCUUCCCAAUCUCUCGGAAUUGGUUUCUGGUGUAUACGAAGACGGCACGCCGGUUUUCACGCGUCAAAAUCGCGCGCGCACAACACGUUUCGUCUCUCCUCCACAUGAUGCUACUGACGUGUCUUUGACCCGUGAGCAUGUCCCUCUUGAUGCUGUCCCGAUCCCGGAAGAUGAGAAGGCUCUAUUUGUAUCCCUAAGGCUUCUCCAGGAUAAGGUCUCAGAGCUUGAGAGAGCCAAGGCGGAAGCUGAAAGGAAGAUCGAAGAAGUCAAGAACGAGAACGCUACCCUCAAAGCCGGCAAGCCUCGCGCAAAGGAUAAACAUAGCCGGAGCAAAUACGAUACCGAUGAUGAUGACCACCGGAAGGAUCGUCUGGCCAAUGAAAACCGAAAACUCGAUGCCACCAACCUGGCCUUGCAGAACAAGCUGGACGUUGUAGAGCGCAAGGUAGAGAUUCAAGAGACCGCAUUGAAAAGAUUGAACCGGGAACGUGAUAUGGCGGUCUCCCAAUUAGGGGUAGCUUAUCUCGAAUCCCAGGACCUCAAAAAUGAGAUCGAGGACCUUCGGCAUGAGAAUGCGGAGCUAAAAUCACAACUGGUGAAACUUGCUCCGUUCAUCUCAAAAAAGCGUGAAGAGACUCAACAAUCAGAACAGACAUCCGCGUCUGAAGCAAGCACCGAAGCCAGCCCAGACAACACACAUAGCAGAAAUGUGAGUCGGGGAACCAAGGAGCUCACCAGUAAGAGUACACGAUCGAAGACCGGGCGCCGGGAAGAUUCCAAGGCGAGAAUUUCUACCCAGGUGGACAACGAAAUUUCACGACUUGAGAAGGAGCGAGCGGACGAGGCUCUCUUUACCAUUGACGUACCGCGAUCGAAGGAGCCAUCUUCCAGUACGAGCAGGUCAGGACAGCGUAGCCAGACCAAGAAGCCAAACACGGGUAAGCAGCGUGUCAAGCGUGUGGUUGUGGAAGAAGUAGAUGUCACCGAACCUAUUGAUUCGACCGUUGAGGCAACUGGGAACACCAGGAAGUCCUCUGGGGUGGAGCAGGACUUGACCUUGCUGAGCUUUAUCGACGAACGUGAAAUUGCCCAGCUGCGAAAGACUUUAGAAGAAGAAAGAUUGGCGCGCAAACGACGACAAUCAAAUACCUCCAGAGAUCAAUCUUCUAACGAAACAGAAAACACAACCCGUCGCAGUGUGUCCAAGUCGGCAGCGCCUCGGAAAUCGUCCCUAAAAGAACCCAAGGAAAUCCCUAUGAGACCGGCCUCGGCUAUGGGCGACGUGACAGCAACCUCCAAAGCCAGUGAAGGGGACAGUAACCUGUCCGUGCCUAUUGAACGUCCUAGGCGACACUCAGACCAUUCCGCUACCCCUCGCCGGAGGCGCCAAGUCUCCGAAGAUAUGACGUCGGCAUUCAUCCUGCCUGACAUCACGCUUCAUCGCGCUGACCUAGUAGCUGAAAAUCCGGCGCGUCUGCCCCAGUCUGCGCAACGGGCACUGGACAGUGCCACCCAGCACAAUGGAAAGAACUGCACGGUAUGCAAGCGUUCUAUCCCCGGUGACUCUUGUGACCACACUCGAGAGUCGGUGAAGAUCCCUAAGCCUAUUCCGGUGUCAGAGCGAAUGCCAGAACCGUCCAUUUACAAUGAAGAACCUACCAUGCGCCCUGCACAACCGCCAGCGGUUGCCCUUGCAACAGUACUCAAGGCGUUGGAGGACGAGCUGUCACAUCUGAAGAUGCAGCUCGUGACGUACCAGGGGGCGUACAACAAACUGGAUGCGUCAUUGAGCAAACGCCAGAGGAAAUCGCUAUCUGCAAAGAUCGAGAAGCUGCUGAAGGACAUCGACAUGAAGGCCGACCAGAUUUAUGCCCUGUACGAUGUUCUUGAGGGGCAGAAGAGUAAAGGUCAGGAGAUGACUGAGCAGGAGAUGGAGGUGACUCUCCAAUCGAUUGGCAUUGACGUGGGAGCCGCAAGAGCCGAUGUGACUGCUACGAGUGAUAAGUCGUCGCAGAAAAAUGCUGAAACAGAUUAUGACAUUGACGAUGACGAUGACCUUCCAUGGGAAGGAAUUGAGAGUGCUUAUCAUUCCGAAUUCUCAUUGAUGGGACCGAGUCGACUGCGUGUAAUUCCACCUCGCCCUAUCGACGAUGUAGAUUCCGGUAUUACUACCGAAGAUACCGACUCCCAACACUCUCAACACCGCAAAACUCAGUCGCCGCCAGAAGGUAAUAAUCCUCUGGCUCCUUACCACGACAAUCCCGAUGAGUAUGACGAUACUGAAAGCGUGGAUACCGUUAUUUACGACGGUGAUUCUACUCAAGAUCGCUCAGUUACCGGCGUCUCGGUAAGUCGCCGGCAUCGGGGUGUUUCCGACGACAGCGAAGAUGAAGAUGACAGCGGCAAUGAUCCGGCGGAAUCCCACAGUGAGAAACCAGUAACAUGGCGCUCAUUACCUAAAAAAGGCCAACUUGCUAUCCUGACCUUUGCACGUCUAUCCGAGCCGUUGGCCCAGACGUCUUUGCAAGCGUAUCUGUUCUACCAACUUCGGUCUUUUGAUCCCUCCCUUCCUGACUCAACUAUCUCGGCGCAAGCAGGCAUCUUGCAAGGUAGUUUUACUGCUGCGCAAUUUGUGACUGCUAUUUGGUGGGGCCGAUUGGCGGAUACUGAAUGGAUGGGCAGGAAACGGGUUCUCAUAAUUGGCCUGUUGGGAACAUGUAUCUCGUCUCUCGGGUUCGGAUUUUCGAGAUCGUUUGCUUCCGCGGUGGUGUUCCGAAUCUUAGGUGGUAUUCUGAAUAGCAAUGUUGGCGUGAUGAGAACGAUGAUUGCCGAGAUCAUUCAAGAGAAGAGGUUCCAGUCUCGGGCGUUUCUUCUGCUACCGAUGUGUUUCAAUAUCGGGGUUAUUAUCGGGCCUGUAUUAGGAGGCAUGCUGGCUGAUCCUGUGAAGAGCUAUCCGCAGCUGUUCGGACCUGGGUCGUUCUUAGGGGGCAGAGAUGGUGUGAGGUGGAUGUUGCAUUGGCCAUUUGCACUGCCGAAUCUUCUCAGUGCCAUAUACAUUUUCGCUUCUUUGUUGGCCGUAAUCCUCGGAUUAGACGAGACUCAUGAGGUUACUCGGCACAGAAGCGAUUGGGGCCGGAAGUUAGGCAAAAGACUUGCCAAUACUUUCUCCCGUCGUCGGAUCUCGCAGUAUUACCGUCCCCUUAUUAGCCACGCUGACGAUGAAUCUCUCUACAUUGAUGAAAGUGUAGCCAGCAGAUCGGCACCCCCCAGCCCGGCUCGCUCACGCAUUCGACCUAGUGGCGAUCGUCCUAGUUUUCGUCAGAUUUGGACGCCUAAUGUGUUACUUACCUUGCUGGUGCAUUUCCUAUUAGCGUUCCACACCAGUGCCUGCAACUCAAUGACUUUCGUGUUCUUGCCUGCCCCUCGGGCUCCGGAGGGUAGCCGAGAUGGUCUCUUCCAUUUCGGCGGCGGUCUGGGAUUGCCAUCCUCUCGGGUUGGCCUUGCCACCGCUAUUAUCGGGUUCAUCGGGCUUCCGCUGCAGAUUUUCAUCUAUCCUCGAGUUCAGUCCCGCCUGGGGACCUUGACUUCUUUCCGCGCGUUUCUGCCAUUCUCGCCUUUAGCCUACACGCUGAUGCCGUUUAUCGUCCUGAUACCGCGAUACCCGUGGCUGGUUUGGCCUGCAUUUACAGUUGUUGUAGGGUUGCAGGUGGUCUCGCGAACUUUUGCCCUUCCGGCUGCGAUCAUCCUUGUAAAUAACAGCGUCACGGACCCUCGUGUUCUGGGAACUAUUCAUGGAGUGGCGCAGAGCAUCGCAAGCGGCGCGCGUACUCUUGGUCCUUUGAUUGGAGGAUGGGGCUUAGGACUGGGACUUAAGUACAACAUGGUGGGCGGCAUAUGGUGGGCUCUGGCGGUGGAGGCCAUAGUAGGCUGGUUUUUGCUUUGGUCGAUUUAUGAGGAUAAGGGUAUUGAGCGGAAGAAGGGUCAGACCGAAGAAGAGGACUCCUGA